AUGGCCCAAUUGACUCGUAUUAGUUCAAGUUUGAAAAUGGGAAUUGUGGGUAUGGCUAACGUUGGUAAGGUAAUAUAAUUCAAUUCUAUGAAGAGUUCAACAUUCAACAUGCUAAGUAAAUAAUCUGUGCCAGCAGAAAACUUCCCAUUUUGUACCAUUGAUCCAAAUUAAGCAGUAGUCAAGGUUCCUGAUCCUAGAUUUGAUUAUCUAUGUUAGAUUUUUAAACCAAAGUCAUCAAUCUUCUCUACUUUAAGUAUUAUUGAUAUAGCAGGGUAAUAAUAAGUACAACAUUAGUUUAGUGAAAGGAGCAUCUGAAGGAUAUGGUUUAGGAAAUGAAUUUUUAGCUCAUAUUUAAGCUGUGGAUGGAUUAUAUUAGGUAGUAAGAGCCUUUGAGAAAGAGAAAAUUGUACAUACUGAAGGUACCAUGGAUCCAAUAAGAGAUUUAUAAAUUAUAUCUGAAGAAUUAAUGGCUAAGGAUUAUUAAUUUGUUUCAAAGAGAGUGGAUGAAUUUGGCAAAAAAAUUAAAAAGUAUGAAGCUAAUAAAAAUGUUUCAGUUGAAGCUAGAGAAAUGGUAGAAUAAUAUAAAGUUUUAUAAAAAUGUGAUGAACUCUUAAAAAAGAAAUAAUGGGUUCGAUAUCAAAAAUGGACAGAUUAAGAAUAAAUAUAGUUAAGGAAAAUUUAAUUAUUAACAGCAAAGCCAUCUAUCUAUUUAAUUAAUUUAUCAAAAGAAGAUCAUGAUGCUUAUGUAGCAAAGAAAUAAAAUAAGUAUGCAAAACCUAUUGAAUAAUGGGUAUCCAAAAAUAGUCCAGAUAGUAAAAUUGUCUAUUAUUCUGUUGAAAAUCAAGAUUAAUAAUAAUUAUUAGAUCAAAUUAUUAUUGCUGGAUAUGAUUUAUUAGGUUUAAUUAGAUUUUUUACUGUUGGUUCAGAUGAAGUUAGAAGUUGGACUGUAAAGAAAAAUAUUAAAGCACCUUAAGCAGCUGCUGUCAUUCAUUCAGAUUUUGAAAAAGUAUUAUAUUUUAUUAAAAUAGGGAUUUGUUAAUGCUGAAGUCAUGUCUUUCGAAAAAUUUAAGAAACUUGGAGAUAAUGCUUUAGAUGUCUAUGAAAAGAAGUUUUCAAAAGAAGGUAAGGAUUACAUUGUGAAAGAUGGUGAUAUUAUGCACUUUAAAACUAAAUCAUUUAAAUGAGU